AUGGCCACAAUAAUCUUCCCCAAGUUAUCGCUCAAGGAGAGCCUCAACCGCGCGCCUGGUGCGCCGGCGUUCGAACUCGGCUUUGAGGCGUUCCAAGACAAGAUGGUCGCCUUCACCGAGGCGAUCGACGCGUACGUCCUACGCGAGAAGGAGGCCAUCUCGCAGAGCGCGGCGCAACACACCGCCGCCGUGCGUAACCUACACGCGGAAAAGGAAGAUACCGAGGCGCGUAUUGAAGAUGCGCGUGCGAGGGAGCGCGAGAUGCUCGAGAAUAUCGAGGCUGAGCGUCACCACCUCACCGGUCUGACGGCGAGUGUUGGAAGGUUGCAUUCGCAGCUCAACAAACUUCGCGAACAGGGGUCGACGCUGGAUGGCGAAUUGUCGGGAGUACGUCGCGAGGUCGGGGUUGAGCGCGCCACAAAGGAACGCCAGGUCAAGAUACUGAGCGACAUGGGGGGCGCCGACGAGACGCAACUUGCUAUACUUGAGGGUGCGCUUGGGCUGAAGAUUGCCGGCGUCGCGGACGGCCGCCUGUUGUUCACGUUCACCCUCAUCGACUCGGCCAAGCCCUACCGCGAGUUCUGCUUCGUCCUCGACGUCAAGGACGAGUAUGCCGUACCACUGUGCGACCCACCAAUCGCGACGGGCGAACUGGUGGCGCAGCUCAACGCCGACAGGGACCUUGGCGCGUUUGUGCGGCGAGUUCGCGCUGCGUUUGUUGCCCACGCCGCGCGAUAG